AGGGAGGGGACACGGGCCCGCGAAACGCACCCCAAAGCCGCUGCGGGCGCCCCCGCCAGAGUGGGCGAGGGCGGGAAAAGUUAGGGACCGCCUGCAGAUUCCUGUUUGUGAGGAAACCGAAAGCUGCCAAAGAAAUCUGAAAACUUCUGGCGUUCGUCAGCUUAUGACUUUAGAUUUCUUUGCAGCUGUUAGUAGGCACAUGUGAGUCUCGGGGAGGAAUUUCUCCUUCUCGCUUGAUUCCGAAGUCCGGUUUUUGCAAUUUCACGGUAUUGGCCAGAGAUAACUCCGUAAUUGCACUUGAAACCCGGAAUAGGACUGAGAGAAAGACCCCUGGAUCAUGGGCUAGUGGUCACACUGUCAGGUGGGAGUACUUACCCUGGCAUCCCGUUCGGAAGGAUUCUGAAGUCACAAGUCUUGCAGGCUUGCUUACACUCACCUCUCACACUUAACUCUGAUACUGGACUCCAGGGUGACCCGGUUUUGAAGAAACAAGUUUACAGACUUUGAGCUUGAGGGCAUAGCUCACGUCUGUGUCCUCACGGCGGUGUCAGCUAGCCCAGCUAGCCCUGGGUGGCCUUUGAGCGCCCCUGUCCAGACCCCAGUGCCGCAAGCAGCCACUUCUCGGCCGUGUCCUCUGCGUUCCCAGUCUGCAGCUUGCAGGCCCGCAUGGCGCGCGUGUUCGUGUACGGGACGCUGAAGCGGGGCCAGCCCAACCACGGCGUCCUGCGGGACGGGGCCAACGGCCGCGCCGCCUUCCGGGGCCGGGCCCGCACGGUGGAGCCGUACCCGCUGGUGAUCGCCGGCGAGCACAACAUCCCGCGGCUGCUCAACCUCCCGGGGCAGGGGCGCCGCGUGGCGGGGGAGAUCUACGUCGUGGACGAGCGGAUGCUGAGCUUCCUCGAUGAGUUUGAGGGCUGCCCCGACAUGUACCAGCGCACCUCGCUGAGGGUCACGGUCCUCGAGUGGGAGGACGCGCGCGGCGCCCCCGAGGACGCGCCGGCCGCCGACGGGACCCUGCGGUGCUUCGUGUACAGCACGGCCUCCUACGCCCCGGACUGGGUCCGCCUCCCGCACCUCGACAGUUACGACUCGCGCGGGGCGCACGGCCUUCCCUACAACCCGCGGGAAAACCGGUGAGAAGGGCCAAGGCGGACAGAGCCCCGGGGACGGGCCGGGGACGCCAGCCUGGCCACUGGCCCAAGGCGGAGGCGGAUAACGCCCUUUGAGGCAGCGGGUGUGCGGGGCGGGGCGGGGCGGUCGCCUCGUCAGCCACAGCGACGGCGGGGCCGCCGCCACCCGGGUCACAGCCUGCGCCCGUCUCUCCGGUAGCAAGCGCUCUGCUGCCUGCUGCUUCGAGGCGGCCAGGGGCUCGAAUACAGCGAUAAGGAAAUUCAGGAUUUUAAUUCCCCUAAAUGACAUUUCCAGAAUUCAUAUGUCAUAGAUUUUUUGCUUUGCUUUGCUAUGAAGAUAACAUUUAAAAUGCAGAUUUUGUGUUGCAGCUAGAUUUUAGCAACCCUGCUGUACUGACUCUAACUUGUAGCAGCAAGAAAAGUAAUUUUUUAAACUGAUGUUGGUUGUCUCCGUACAAUAAAAGAAACUCCAGAAAAACA